AUGGCCUCCGCGGGCGGCGCCGGCCCCAGCGAGCCCGAGCGGCCGCAUCCCAAACCCUUCCUCAUCGGCGUGAGCGGCGGCACCGCCAGCGGCAAGUCCACGGUGUGCGAGAAGAUCAUGGAGCUGCUGGGCCAGAACGAGGUGGACCACCGGCAGCGCAAGGUGCUCAUCCUCAGCCAGGACCGCUUCUACAAGGUGCUCACGGCCGAGCAGAAGGCCAAGGCGCUCAAGGGCCAGUACAACUUCGACCACCCGGAUGCUUUUGAUAACGAUUUGAUGCAUACAACCUUGAAAAAUAUUGUUGAGGGGAAAACAGUUGAGGUUCCAACCUACGACUUCGUGACCCAUUCUAGGCUGGAAGAGACGACCGUGGUUUAUCCAGCCGACGUCGUCCUGUUUGAGGGGAUCCUGGUCUUCUACAGCCAGGACAUUAGGGACAUGUUCCACCUCCGGCUCUUUGUGGACACGGAUUCGGACGUCAGGCUGUCCCGCAGAGUGCUGCGAGAUAUGAAACGUGGCAGGGACCUGGAGCAGAUCCUCACCCAGUACACGACGUUUGUCAAACCUGCCUUUGAGGAAUUCUGCUUACCGACAAAGAAGUAUGCAGAUGUGAUCAUCCCCCGCGGCGUGGACAACAUGGUUGCUAUAAACCUCAUCGUGCAGCACAUUCAGGACAUCCUGAACGGUGACAUCUGCAAGUGGCAGCGAGGGGCGGUCAACGGGCACGGCCGGAGCUACAAGCGCCCGUUCCCCGAGCAGGCCGAGAGCGGCGCGGUGCUGGCGGCCGGCAAGCGCUCGCACCUGGAGUCCAGCAGCCGGCCCCACUAACCCGCGGGAUUUGCCUCGGCUCCAGACCAGUGCCCAAAAAAACUUUGGGAAGGAAGAGCUACUAGCAAAAGAGGUUUGUGAAGUGCCCUUUAAAUGAUCGCAGCAGCAGAGGGGACACUGGUGUGAAACUUCUCGCAGCGAGGAGAGGAAGAAGGGACUGUUGCCCCUCUCCCUGCCGAAAACCUUCCCCUUUCCCCCUUGGAUAUCUCACUAUAUCGUUGCUAAGUGAAGCGGUUAGAGGCAGUUCUAACUUGCCUUUGGUUUUUAAUUUUCCAAGUGACAUCUAAUGCUGUGAACUCAGCCCCGAAGGUGAAGCGCUACCAGGUGUUUAACGAGAUAACCCAUUUCCCCAGUGCUGCUCUUCCUUAGCAGGAAACUUAGCACCUGCUUCUGUGUGUUUUCUGAAAGGAAAACAGUCUGUCUGUGUCCAAGAAAGACAAUCACAGACCCUCUGAAUUAAACAAGCAGGUAGAGUCAUUUGCAGCCCUGCUCUCUGGGCCCUCGCCCUGGCAUCGUGUUCCGGGGCAGCCUCCCGUGUCACCUGGAGCUGCUGUGGAGCAGGUGAGAACUCAUGAACACCACAAUAUAAGCAGCUCUUGCCCAAGCUAGAGGGGAAACACAGGCCCUCCAGGACAAAACGGAACUUGCAGUUCACCACAAGCACAGGCUCGAGAAUCAGAGUGAGUCUGGUUCAUAAUUGGUACCUGCCGAGCACCUCGGCCUUGCUGUGCUGUCUGUAGAUGAGGCUGUCAUUUUUGUACCCAAAUAGAGUCCCCUUUACCAUCGUUUCUGAAUAGUGAGCUCCAGCUGGGGUGAGUUGCUCGUGGGGAAAAGAAACGUGACCUUGUCAGUUCUAGUGACUGAGGACGUUUCAGUGCUGCUGGUUGCAGGGUCUGCUGGGCAGAAUCCAUCCACUUACAGAACUGGGUAGUUAAAUCAGCAAAGGGGAAGGAUGUGAAUUGCCCCUCCUGAUAGAACAAACUGUAAGAAGCUACCUGACAUAUUUCUACCCUCUAGUAGAGUCAGAAUGUGUACCUUACACUUUUAAACAGUUAAAAGUGUUUUAAAGACACAAAUGUUGUGGUUUUCUAAAAAAAGCAGAGGCAGCUGGAAGUAUAAAAAGUGAUAGCCCUAUUUCCACAAUUUAUCUUAGUUACACCACAGCAGCAGUUUCUGGAGAACUUCUGGAAUGAAGGAUCAGUUGGG